UGGGGAUUGUUCCUCCCAGGACUAAGUCUCCCAUGGAGGACCAGGGCCACUCCUACGACCAUGGAAUCUCCCGACGCAACGGCAAGGUGCCUAAUGGAAUCUCCAGGGUAGGCAGCAUGCCGGAGAGGGCUUUAUGGAGCUCAGGAAACUCACAGGCUAUAUGCAUUAUAUUAUAUGAUCCAUACACAUUAUGUAUUGUAACUAUAUUAUGAUAGUGUUACUCAUUGAUGUUGCCUUUAUGUUGUGGUGGUGGGCCUAUGUCUGGUAUAUUGAAUGGUGCUGUCAAAUUUCUCAUUUAAAGAGCAAUACAUUUGAUGCUUUAUCAUAUCAUUGACAUGUCAUUCCCCUCUUCCAGGAGCGUCCGAAGAGUGCGGUGUUCCCGGCGGAGGUGAAGUCCAAGAUGAGCGUUGAGGAGCAGAAUGAGCGUAUCCGUAGGAACCAGAGCAGCUCCGUCAGGGACAAGAGACGCAGCCUGAACCUGGGUAGCCAGGCUGGUACCAACUACAGAGUGGUAGGCUCUCACUUCUAUUUACAUGUACACUACCGGUCAAAGGUUUUAGAACACCUACUCAUUCAAGGGUUUUUCUUUAUUUUUACAAUUUUCUACAUUGUAGAAUAAUAGUGAAGACAUCAAAACUAUGAAAUAACACAUAUGGAAUCAUGUAGUAACCCAAAAAGUGUUAAACAAAUCAAAAUAUAUUUUAUAUUUGAGAUUCUUCAAAUAGCCACCCUUUGCCUUGAUGACAGCUUUGCACACUCUUGGCAUUCUCUCAACCAGCUUCACCUGGAAUCCUUUUCCAACAGUCUUGAAGGAGUUCCCACAUAUGCUGAGCACUUUUAGGCUGCUUUUCCUUCACUCUGCGGUCCGACUCAUCCCAAACCAUCUCAAUUUGGUUGAGGUCGGGGGAUUGUGGAGGCCAGGUCAUCUGGUGCAGCACUCCAUCACUCUCCUUCUUGGUAAAACAGCCCUUACACAGACUGGAGGUGUGUUGGGUCAUUGUCCUGUUGAAAAACAAAUUAUAGUCCCUCUAAGCUGCAGAAUACUGUGGUAGCCAUGCUGGUUAAGUGUGCCUUGAAUUCUAAAUAAAUCACAGACAGUGUCACCAGCAAAGCACCCCCACACCAUCACACCUCCUCAUCCAUGCGUUACGAUGAGAACUACACAUGCGGAAAUCAUCCGUUCACCCACACCGCGUCUCACAAAGACACGGCAGUUGGAAACAAAAAUCUCAAAUAUGGACUCCAGACCAAAUGACACAUUUCCAUCGGUCUAAUGUCCAUUGCUCGUGUUUCUUGGCCCAAGCAAGUCUCUUCUUCUUAUUAGUGUCCUUCAGUAGUGGUUACUUUGCAGCAAUUUGACCAUGAAGGCCUGAUUCACACAGUCUCCUCUGAACAGUUAAUGUUGAGAUGUGUCUGUUACUUGAACUCUGUGAAGCAUUUAUUGGGCUGCAAUUUCUGAGGCUGGUAACUCUAAUGAAUUUAUCCUCUGCAGCAGAGGUAACUCUGGGUCUUCCAUUCCUGUGGCGGUCCUCAUGAGAGCCAGUUUCAUCAUAGCACUUGAUGGUUUUUGUGACUGCACUUAAAGAAACUGUCAAAGUUCUUGAAAUGUUCCGUAUUGACUGACCUUCAUGUCUUAAAGUAAUGAUGGACUGUCGUUUCUCUUUGCUUAUUUGAACUGUUCUUGCCAUAAUAUGGACUUGGUCUUUUACCAAAUAGGGCUAUAUUCUGUAAACCCUCCCUACCUUGUCACAACACAACUGAUUGGCUCAAACACAUUAAGAAGGAAAGAAAUUCCACAAAUUAACUUUUAAGAAGGCACAGCUGUUAAUUGAAAUGCAUUCCAGGUGACUACCUCAUGAAGCUGGUUGAGAGAAUGCCAAGAGUGUGCAAGGCUGUCAUCAAGGCAAAGGGUGGCUAUUUGAAGAAUGUCAAAUAUAAAAUAUAUUUUGAUUUGUUUAACACUUUUUUGGUUACUACAUGAUUACAUAUGUUUUAUUUCAUAGUUUUGAUGUCUUCACUAUUAUUCUACAAUUUAGAAAAUAGUAAAAAUAAAGAAAAACCCUUGAAUGAGUAGGUGUUCUAAAAGUUUUGACCAGUAGUGUACAUCUACCUUUAUUAGCCAGCCACCAAGAAUAUGUACUGAAUGUUGAAAUGUAUUCUAAAGGAGGAUCUAGUAUAUUGUUCUGGCCCCUUGUCUGUUUCUCCGGGCCAUGUUGAUUGGCUGAGCCCUUGGCUCUUUCCUGAUUGCUUAUCUCUGUGUGUGUGUCCAGGUGAGGCGGAGGCUGACGACCCAUGAGGUGGACAUCAAGGACCUGGAGGCUGCAGUACGGGGGGAGGGGGUGCAGGAGUCACCCCGGGAAGAGAUUGCUCGCCUCAGACGGUUACAGAUGGAACCUGACCACUACGACCUGGACAUCAGCAAAAAGGUUAGCCACACUCUGACCAACAACUACACUGUGUGAUACAAUCAUUAUGUGACUAUGAUCCAGUCGUGACGUGGUAUAGUAGUGUUUAAUGUAAAGUGAAUUAAACACUUUGAAAACAGCCAAAGUUAUUUCAGUAACACUUCAUUCUGUGGAGCUCUUUCAGCUGGUAUUUGUCUGGUAUAAAGAAAUGUGGUGAUAAUUAACAAGUUUAGUACACACUAAGAAAAGUGGAUUCCUCAAUGGUUCUUUGGGAAGGGUGGUGGUUCUAUGUGGAACCAUAAUUACUCAAAUAACCCUUUUAGCCCUUCAAUGGUUAUUUGCAGUUCACAAAAGGGUUCUUUGCUCUUUUGGUGAUGAUGAAGAUGUAGAGGCGGCAGCUCAUUCGAAUAUUUUGGGGCGUGGUUUGCUCACAGCUCCUUUUGUGCAACCGUGACUUACUGUCAUUCCAGUUGAUCUAAUCUGUUGUGUUAUGCCAUUACAUGUUACAUAUGAUAACGGUCAGUGACGGUUUUUUUGUCAAUUGAGAACUGAUGUGUAAAUCAGUGGUUCUCAAUUCUCUCCUCAGGAACCCCCAGUCGUUCCAGAUCUAGCACACCUGUUUCAACUCACAAUAAUAAAACCUAUGGAAUUGUAACAAUAUAACAUGGCUAACCAGAAAAAAGAACCCUGUAUUGUUCUUCAAAAGGUUAUUUCUAGAACCUUUGAAAUUGAGAAUGGUUCUUUAUAGAACCAUUCUCCAUAAAGGUUCUGUAAAGAACCAUUAAAAAUGGUUCUAAACAGCACGAAAAAGGGUUAUAACAAUAGCAGAACCCUUUUUGGUGCUACAUAGAGCUUUUUUAAAAAUAGUUCUUUAUUGAAUUAUAGGAAUGGUUCUUUAUAGCACCAUAAAGGGAUCUGCUAUCGUUACGAGCUAAAUAAUCCUUAUUUGGCCCUAUAUAGAAAAGUUAGUUUUUAGUGUGUGCAGGCUUCAAAGAAUUCCCCACAAUCGGUCAUUACUUGUAUACGUAAUGGUUCUUCUAAUUGCAUACCAGGUAUAAAGCGGGCCAUAAAAUAAAAGAUUACCAAACCUCAUCUGUAACGUGUUGUGUCCUCAGCUGUGUGCUCCAGACAACGUUCUGAUUCCGGAACGCUACCUGGAUGUGGACACUCCUCUCAGCCCAGAGGAGCAGAAGGAGAAACAGAAGAAAGUAGAGAGGAUAAAGACGCUCAUUGCCAAAUCAAAGUAUGUACAGACACUACCGAACUACUAUCUAACACAGCUCUCUCACAGUACAGCAGUGUAUUUACCCAAACUUUAGCUAAACAUUCUCCCCUCUACUGAUUCACUGUUUCACAUCUGAAGUAUGGGAUGCCACAUGUUCUGUAUAAAAAGUUAGAAUUGAAUCUCCUUUCUCUUGCUCUCUGCUUAUUUUCUUUGUCACUCUCUCACCCUCCUCUCCCCCUCCCCUCUGCUCGUCUCUCUCUCCAGUCUCCAGAACGUGGUUCCCCUAUUGGACGGUCCUACUGAGGGGGGUGGUUCCCACCAACAGGGUAACCCAGAGCAGCAGCUCCAGGACCAGGAGAAGAGGAUUGAGAUCUCCUGUGCCCUGGCCACCGAGGCCUCGCGACGCUCCCGUCUGCUCUCCGGUGAGGACAUCACCGCAGCCUGUCGCUUCACCGCCACCACCCCGACCACCCUGUCGCCACGGUUACCACCCUCACGGUUACCAUUGCCCACCCCGGUCCCGUCGCCCCCCUGUCAUUGAGGGGACCCCCGGCGAUGAGUGCCGAUGUGUUGCUGCAACACCCCCCACCCCCACCAAAACCCCUUCUCUCCCUGCCUCUAUGAUACCCAUUUCCACCACCAACCACACAUGUUCAAUCCCUCUUCAACUGUGUGCAGCACACUGAGCACUCAACAUCACUAAAAGCUGUGUAUGGGGUUAGACUGGAGGUUAACCUAGUCAAACUGCCUUGUUCGAAAAAACAUCUGGUGGUAAAAUAUACAGCAAACUUUUUUUUUGGGGUUUUGAGGGCCAGUUCCAUCAAUUUUAAAAUCCCAAUGUAAUCCCUAGUUAAGCCUCACUGUCAACUGUCUGCAAACAACUCCACUAUCCACCACUUAACCCCAGAUAAUCACACACUCACUCCUUCACUGUCUGCUGUAUUGCAAUACAAUCCACUAUCCACUACCCACUCACUACCUAACCCCAGCCAACCACACCCUCACUCCACCAAGCGACGUAUGUAACAAGCUCCUCAGACCCCGAGUGCUGAUCUAGGAUCAGGUUCCCCCUGUCAAUGAAAUCUUAUUAAUUGUGAUCUAAAAGGCAAAACUGAUCCCAGAUCAGCACUCCUACUCUGAGACACUAUAAAAACGGGCCUUGAGCUCAGAUAGAUUUAUCGCUGUUCAGGGAUCUGUAUCCGCUCUUACUGGAAGUGCUUAUUAACCUUGUCCAUUCACAGGGCAUCCUAAUACAGUGGCACAUUUUCACUGUCCCCAGAGCCAUAGAUUAACAGAAAUUUGAUAAACUCAGAUGAACCGAGAUUUAGAGUAUGAAAAUGUUGCCAUGUUGCCACCAGAUGUUCCAGGAUGAUAAUCUUCCAUUGAGAAAUGCAAAUUAGAAUGGCAUGUUAUGGAACGUCUGGAGCUAGCAGGGAAGAUUGUUUUCACUGUCUGCCUCACUACCCCACCCCUCUCCACAAUAUUCAUUGUCUGCCUCACUACCCCACUCCUCCACUCUCCACAAUAUUCACUGUCUGCCUCACUACCCCACUCCUCCACUCUCCACACUAUUCACUGUCUGCCUCACUACCCCACUCCUCCACUCUCCACAAUAUUUACUGUCUGCCUCACUACCCCACUCCUCCACUCUCCACAAUAUUUACUGUCUGCCUCACUACCCCACUCCUCCACUCUCCACAAUAUUCACUGUCUGCCUCACUACCCCACUCCUCCACUCUCCACACUAUUCACUGUCUGCCUCACUACCCCACUCCUCCACUCUCCACAAUAUUUACUGUCUGCCUCACUACCCCACUCCUCCACUCUCCACAAUAUUUACUGUCUGCCUCACUACCCCACUCCUCCACUCUCCACAAUAUUUACUGUCUGCCUCACUAACUCACUCCUUAACUCUCCACACUAUUCACUGUCUGCCUCACUACCCCACUCCUCGACUCUCCACAAUAUUUACUGUCUGCCUCACUACCUCACUCCUUAACUCCACACAAUAUUCACUGUCUGCCUCACUACCCCACUCCUCCACUCUCCACAAUAUUCACUACACACUCUGAUGCUCCACUGUCUUAACCUAGAGGCUCUACUAUAUAGUCCUUGAAGAUCGCAAGAUCUCCUAUAGUUAGAUCGACAGAGUUUCCGUUUGCUCAAAACUAUGACAAUUUCUCACUGCUUACUCGCUGUCUCUGCCCCCCUACCCACAACCAACCACAUAUUCACAAUGGCAUCACGGUUUACUUUAUGAUUAGGGGAAAUUGAACAUCAACUUGUCAGCUUUAAGUGAUGAGCUGAAGGAAAACAAAACUGGCUUUGAUUGAUCAACUUAUAGUGCUAUUAGUAUUCAGUCACAUUGUGUGCUGCCUGCUGUCAGUCGUGGUCAUAAAACCAUGUUCCAGCUGCACAGAGUUAAAACCAAUUCAAACAAGGUUUGUACUAUAUACGGUAUCUGUGUUACUCUGGUGAUGCCAGAUAGCAACUGUUUUAUUUUGUCUAGCCUCCAGAAAAGAACUUUUCAAAUGUUUUCACCAUAUUACCUUUAUAAUCAUAGUAUCCUCUCCAUAUAUUCUCCAAGUAGGCCUACAAUUUGUUACUUACGUUCAUGCUUUCUAUAGUUACAAGUUUACCUUGUAAAUCUAAUCUCUAGCUGUUCAAACUGUAAAAAAUUUUGAAAAGUGUUCUGAAUGUGUGUAGCCAAACUCCAGAUUCAGGUGCAAUGUAUACACGCUACAUCCUCUUGCUUCCUCAGUACAGAGCUACAGGCUUAGCACCAUUCAUCUUAUGCUUGUGAGGUGAUGUGAGUGCACAGUCCCCCCUGUUGUAUCUCACUCUACCUACCCUUUUAUAAUUGCUUUACACCUUUAUGUUUUGCUAUUUGUUUUGCUUGUUCUCACAUCCCACCCCCAUUCCAUUCCAGCCCAGUGUGCCCCCAGCCCCCCCGCCUCCCCGCCCAGCCUGGCCCCUCCCCCCUCCUGUGGCUUCUCCGACUCCACCCACAUCAUG